CCGGUGAGAGAAAAUAAAAGUGUCAUUCUACAUCCAGCAUUAGAGUGACUUGACGACAAAUAAUAGAAGCGCGCGAGAAAACAAUGCAGCGUGACAGUGAUGACACCUGGGAAAUUUCGAUUGCUGAAGCUCUGGACGCACAUCAGUACUCCGAUGUAUUGCGCCUGCUCGACGAACAAGGUGAGCAGUCUCUGGGGACGACAAGCUGGGAACUGAUUGAGAAGGCUUUUUAUGCCGUCGACAACUAUAAGUUAAUGGAAUCUGAGAGACAAGAGAGAUUGGAGAAAAAUUAUGUUUUACCAGCUGUUGAAGAGAUCGGCAGUGAGCAAAUCAUCGAUGAAAUGCUGCACAAGUUAACCUCAAACAUCACGCCAAAAGAACUAAUCAUGAUUUGCCUCACUGCCAUACGAAAAAUUAAAACUACUUACAUGUUUGAACGCAUUGCGAGGCUGGUCACAGAGUUGCUGAAUACUGCUUUGAAACCGAACCUGGCAAGGAUUCUUGGAGCCUUAGAAAUUCUGAGUGGCACGCUUAAAACACUAUCACCUCCACAGGAAGAGCAAUUAGAUAAUGCCGAGGAGCGGAUUCUUAUGGAUACGAACAAAAAAGCGCGCACAAUUAACGAGCGCUAUCGGGUGGUUGCCGAUUUUCUUGAGGAUAACCUUCGGUUCGUUAAAAAAGACUACCGCGAUAUUCUUCGUGGGACAAAUGCAUUGAAGGUCGGCUCUUACAUCGUAACGCCAAUGGAAUCCACACUUGGACUUCUGGAUCUUUGCCCACCAAAAAAGCCAACAUCAUCACCAAGCGCACAGCAUAGUCUGGCGAUUCGGUUGAAAAACGAUUUGAACUCAAUUGUCGAUCCGAUCGCGCUUCUUCGAUUGAGUAAACGUGUAAAUGAACGAAGAACUGAGCACGAUGAAUUGGCCGUGCCAUUUAUUAGUGGGGCAGUAUUUUGUUACAUAGUGUUUUGUUUAGACAGCGAUUUUCCAAGAGUUUACUCAGUCAGUGUGCUCGCAGAUCUUCUCCUGACCUUUAGCCUUGCGUUAACCACGUCACCAAAGCAUAUGCAUGUUCUGAAGGGACUGUAUCUCAUUAAAGCGGCCCUGCCUUACAUCGAAAACUGUGCAGAGCAUGACGAAAUCAGGCUCACAAUACGUCGUCUACUUCGGUCGUUUCUCCAAGUUAUCACAACUUGUUCCCUUACAGAAGCUCGAGAGUACGCGUUGUCGUGUUGGAGAGAACUCUACUCGAAGUGUUUGCCCGACUUUCAACUGGAAAUAGUGAAAUCGCUAUUUAAGUCUUUUGAAGAUUCCUCCAUUCGUGCGUUUUUGAUUGAUGAGUGGCGGAAGCUGGUACACACAACUUCGAAUUUUGCGGACCACCAGGAGUUAAUCUAUACCGCGGCCUUUCUUCCCGGCGGGGUGGAAACGGAUCUGCUUAAGCACAGCGACCACAUUAUAUCGACACUUAACGUAAUUCGGUAUAGCUUAUAUUCGAAAUCACUUGCAAAAACGCACCAUCUUGACAAGUACCUGACCGACCUUAGACAGGCCUUAGAUAUGUCACGUGCCCACUACAAGCUUCAGCUGGCAGCACCGCCUAGUGACAGAAGGCACUUAAUUCAGUUCCCAAAUAUUCCACGAGAAAUGGAGGAGGACAUGCUGAAUCAGGCUCUUACACGUUUUGAUCUGAUCGAGUUCGUCUUGGCAGAGGUUAACGCAAAUUAUGACUUUAAGUAAGUAUGAUCACAGAGGGAUAAAAAAGUUUAUUCGACGCACUGGUAAGCAAUUUACUGUUGUUGAAUAUUAUUAUUUGUGAAAAUAUAUCAAAGCAAUGCGCACAUACUAUCUAUAACACUAUUGAUGUAUGGAUUUUAAAAAUGGUGGACUUUCAUACUCUCGUAUCAUCGCUACCAUUGCGAAGA